CCGGCCCGGCUGUGGGGAACCCGGAAGUGCGGGGCGGAGCUGCCGCCAUGGGGCUGUUUGGGAAGACCCCCGAGAAACCGCCCAAGGAGCUGGUCAAUGAAUGGUCCUUGAAGAUAAGGAAAGAAAUGAGAGUGAUUGAUAGACAGAUCAGAGAUAUCCAGAGGGAAGAGGAGAAGGUGAAGAGGUCAAUAAAGGAUGCUGCCAAAAAGAAUCAGAGGGAUGUGUGUGUGAUCUUGGCAAAGGAGCUGAUCCGCUCUCGGAGGGCCGUAAGCAAACUCUAUGCAUCCAAAGCUCACAUGAACUCUGUUCUCAUGGGGAUGAAGAACCAGCUUGCUGUCCUCAGAGUAGCGGGUUCAUUGCAGAAGAGCACAGAAGUUAUGAAAGCUAUGCAAAAUCUAGUAAAAAUCCCAGAAAUCCAAGCAACAAUGAGGGAUUUGUCCAAAGAAAUGAUGAAGGCUGGAAUUAUAGAGGAAAUGCUGGAGGACACCUUUGAAGGGCUGGAGGAUCAGGAGGAAAUGGAAGAGGAAGCUGAGGCGGAAAUCGACAAAAUCCUUUUUGAAAUUACAGCUGGGGCCUUGGGUAAAGCACCCAGUAAAGUCACAGAUGCUCUGCCAGAGCCUGAGCCCAUGGGAGCAGCUGCUGCUGCUGUGGAUGAGGAAGAGGACAUCGAAGCGAUGCAGUCACGGUUGGCCACCCUGAGGAGCUAGGGCCAGGAGGGAUGGGGAUAGGUGGCUUUAUUUUAUUCUGUCCUACCUUGAAACUGUAUUCUCACUUAUGUAAUAUAUAUUGUUUUUUCUUAUUGAGGAUUUUUUUUCUUCAAGAAACUACUGUAAUAUAUUUCUUGCAGAG